CGGCCAUGGUGUGGAAAUACCGCCAUGGUUUUGCGGCAGCUGCAGACGCCACAGAAUACUUAAAACUGCACUUGACACCCCGCGUCUUGGACUGCCUGAUUGUGCAACAGCAUUUGUAGGUGUAAAGUUCGUGUGUAAUACGAGCUGUAUAAUCAGAUAAUGGAAAUGCAGGAUGAUAAAGUAGAUAUUCCUGAUUCCACGAUGAUGCCUGCAGAAAACUCAAAGCUGACAGCAAAUAUUGUGCAUGCGGGCGGAGACAACGGCGAAGCGCUUUCAGAAAAAGAUAUGACAACUCAUGACCAUUAUAUGAAAGAUGUGAAUGAAAUUUUAGCAGAGCUCGACGAAAAGAGAGAAGGAGACAAACGUGUAGUCGAAGAAUUUCGCUUGAAAAUGAAUGAAAUGGUCGAUGAAAUUUGUGGUCAAAUUGAACAAAGACUUGUAGCGAGAUAUGAAAAAACAAAUGAAAAAGUUUCAAUAAAGCUUGAAUACUUGAAUGAAAUAUUGGGCAGAGUAGGUGUUCUCGAACAAGAAUUAUCAGAUUUCAAUAGUGCUGUUGGUGUUUUAUUUCAAGAAGCUUCCAACUGAAGGUCAGCAUGUUAUAGUGUUCAUCAAGAAUUCUAAAACUAUGAAUACUGUUUGAUAAGUAAUUUGUAUGAAGGAAGACGUAUCCAAAGUACACACAUGACAUGGAAGCACAUGCAGCACAAGUGUAUCUCAGAUAAUAGGGUUUGAAAACUUCACCUCGAAGAUCUUGCCAUGAGGCUAACAUCUGUAUUGUUUGUUUAUUUGCAAAUUCUACAUUAUUGAGUUACAUCUAUUUCCACCCAACCAAUAUGGACUACCAGAAUCUGUUACUUAAUACUGACUCAGAAAUAAUACAUACUCUUUUGCUCUAUUGCUACUACUAAUACAAUUUACAUUAUAAACCUUUUUACCUAUUUUGUUAGCUUUGAUUUCUUGCAUAUUUUUGCUGUUUUUUUAUUGUUUAAAGUUCUUGUUUAUUUAUUUUUUUGUGUUUUUGAAAUUGUUUAUGCAAUCAUUUUAUUGCUAUAUUCACUGUUCAUAUUGUUCUACUUCCAGUCAGGUUGUCCUUCGCUCAGCAUGGCCCAAUGUUGGGGUGCAUCUUCGUCGGUCACCUUAUCAUUGUGCCAUGCUUGGCUCAUUGGCUGUAUAUUUCAAAUUGGUACUUGGUAGUUAAUACAAAUUGGUAUUUGGUA